GGACGACCAGCAGCAGGAACUACUGGUGCCGCUGCUGAGACGAGGAGCGUCGCAACAACUGCCCCGAUGAAUAAAGGCUCUCGUCGUGGUGAGAAGCAAAAUCAAGAUGAACCUGCUUCAUCUGUCGUAGAAGGCGGAGCCAGCACUUCAUCUGGCUUCUUUCUCACCAACUUCAGUCUUCCUGUGACCGCACCCUGGAUGUUGAGCAACCCUGGGUCGUCGGAGGCUGAUGUGGGGGCGUCAACGGCCGUCGUGGCUCGUCCCGCAUCUACUUCCACGGCAGAAGCGAGUCCGAAUAUAACGCAGCCGAAAAUUGAAUCGCCAACGCCACUCUAUAAGAACGACGCCGCUCUAGUAUUUUCUUCGGCGGAUGUUGCUGGAGCUGGAGACACUUCUAGUAACCUCGCUACCACCUCCGAGACUAUACAAGCUGCAGGGACCACUACUCAGCAGGAUGUUGUCGGCCACCUGUCGAGAAUGAUGUCGUUCCUCGGUGAGCAUGCUGAUCGCGUGUCGAAGCAUGUUCUUGGUGUCGGGAUGAUCACGCCAG